GACGAUAGAUGCCAUGAAGCGGCUAAAAUACGACUUCAACAUCCAGACCGGAUACCUGUUAUUCUAGAGAAGCUACCAUCAUCUAGCAUACCCACAAUAGGGCAGAGAAAGUUUCUGGUACCAGCCGACAUAACAGUCUUACACUUCAUGUGUCUCGUUAAGAAGAAGAUCAAACUACGUCCCCAACAAUCUCUCUUCAUUUUUGUUGGGCCUAUGUUCCCUUCAACCAGUGCAGCAAUGAGUGAAGUUUACAAGAGCUAUAAAGACAAAGAUGGAUUUUUGUAUGUAGCGUAUAGUGGAGAAAAUACAUCUGGAGCUUGA